GGGAGAUCACUGUGUACACUUGUGACAAGGGUUUUUCCUGAAUGGUUAUUUUUAGAAACUGUUAAUUGGGAUCAUACCAGCAAAUAUUUAUUAAUUUUGGGUGCUAUAUUCUCAUAGAAAGUGGAAGGCCAGGUGAGGUACUUUUAGGAACAAGUUUCAACUACAUAUACAUGACAACCUGACAUGAUGGAUAAGUUUGGUAAAUCAGAAGACAAAUAUAUUUCUGGCUCUAGUUCAGGUAGUGAAGAGUCUGAGCAGUCUUGGGAAGAUAACACAGAGAAGCACUCUUUAGCAGAUGGCAGAAAUCCUGAGCUUGAAUUUUUACUAGGUCAUACUGAGCCGAAACAGAUUGAAAGUCCACACAGCAGGAGACAAGAUGUGGUGGACACCUCUAAUUCUGUUCUUGAGUCUUUAUUGGGCGUAUCUGAACCACAGUACACUGACAGAUAUGCCAGUGACAAGCAUCAUGAAGCUAGCCAGGUUACUAUAGAGACAAAGAAUAGUAAUGUUGUCAACCCUUUGUCUGAAAUGCAAAGUACAAAAAACAUUAAUGUUGAAACCCAAAGUGCUAAAUUCCCAUAUGUUGAGAGCUCACAUGCUCCAGCCAGACAAUCUGUGUAUAAAAGUGACAAAAACGUUUAUUCAAGGACUUCACAGUACUGUUCUUACCCAGUCAUUGACAUGACAAAAGCCCAUCAAAUAGGGCGUACAAGGUUUUACAAAAUACGAGUACAGUCCUCCUCGCUGAUAAAUGAUUUGAAAUUUGAGGUGAGCCAAAUGUUCAAUGUAAGCAUUAGUAAGGUACAUAUUAUAGAAGAAGAGGGACAAAAAGAGGAAGUUUUGCUCAAAAUAAUAAUAGUAAUUCUUCCUGACAAUGUAGGAGAAGAGUAUUGUCCCUUGUUGGUGGAAGUAUUCGAGCUUACAGACCAAUUCCAUCCAGAGAUUUUGUGCAUUAGAUUGCCAGUCAGACAGACCAUAAAAGACAUAAAGAAACUCCUUGCUGAAGAGUUACGUUGGAAAGGUCUGGUCCUUUGUCAAAAUGGCAAUGUUUUGGAAGAUAACUUGCAGUUAAGGUCAUGUAAUUUUAAACUUCUUGCAAGAAUUCAAGCUUUGAAACAAAGUUAUCAUAGAAUUGAUUUUGUUUAUCAACCAAGGUCUGAUGUUUCUUGUUCGUACUCGCUAGAUCUUGAUAUGAAUAGUUCUUUAGAACAAGUGAAAAGGCAGUUUGCAGCACAAUUUCAUGAUGAAAUUCAAAAACUAAAAGGUACCGAAGAAUCAACAUUUCACUUAUGUUUUCAAGGUCGUUUACUUAAAGAUGAAGAAUGUGUGGGUCUUGUGCUGCGAAAAAAUAUCAAAGAGGAGAAAAUUACGCUACAUUUUGGUGCACAGGUUUCAAUAAGCAUUGAUCUGAAGUUUAGAGUGAGACGGAAAACUAAGCACAAGUUACUGAUUGUCUCUAAAAAGAUAUCCACCACUUCCCUCAGGACAGAGGUGUCAAAACAUCUUGGUGUUGAUCCAAAGGCAGUGAAGCUCACUUUUGAUGACAAGCUUCUGGAUGAGCAUGAUGAUUUGAGCAGGGUCUAUAAAGAGCACUGGCAGAAUGGUUGCAGGAUUGCUGCUGGAAUAAAGAAACACAAGACUUUGAGAAUAAAGCAUCCGAUUGAAUGUGGUGAGGAACCAUUCGAAAUGUACAUGCUCGACCCUGUGUCAGCUCUGAAAAGAAAGAUUGCAGAGCAAUGGGGCUUGAAGCUACUUCAGAUUUCACUUUUCUGUAGAGGCAUAAUGAUGGAAUAUGACCAGCCUCUUCAGUAUUACCCGAUUAAAAAUAAUAUGGAAAUUUCCCUACAGUUAUUUCAGCACAGAAUCAUUUUAAAAGUAGUCAUUUUAUCAGGUAAAAAGAGGAUUAGCCUCAUUAUAGACAAUAGCGAAACAACUACAGGAGACGAUUUGUUACGAUUCUGUGCGCACCACUUCCAAUAUGCUCGGGAACGUUCAAGGGGGAUUUUCAAGGAUCACUGCAUAGAUCGGACGUGCUCACUUGCAGAUCAGGGUGUGAAGUCUGGAGAUACUGUGAUAAUAAGCUACUUCGACCAGCCCAAUUUGUUACAAGGGAACCUUAUCAACAUCUUCAUGGUACAUGAAAAUGGACAUAUGGUAAAACGUUUAGGUGCGGUCAACUCUGGACUUCUACUUCACGCACCCAAAACAGCUGAAGCACCUCAGACUGAGGACACUUGUCUGGAUAAUGGACCUAUACCGGCGGGAAUUAGCAUUUGUGAUACCAAAGAAGCUGCUGUUUCCAGUUUGCCCCGUCAGAUGCUGAAGUCCAAUUUGAAAAAUGUAAAUGCUAAGGAGAACAGUCAAAGUUCAACAAAAGACAUUAUGAAAAAUAAAUCAAAGUUUUUAAACCGAGCAUGGAGAGUAAUUCAGCAGAAAUAUUCAAAACCACAUGAACAACUCAACAUAGUUGCGCAAGUCCCUAAAGAGUCCCAUGAAUCAACACCAACUUUCUAUCUUGGAGGAGAACCUGAAGAAUUAGAUUUAGAUGAGGAAACAGGCAGAAAGACUGUUGUGGCUUGCAAAAAUAUGCCUGGGGAAGUUGGUAGAGAAAAUUCAAAUACUGAAGUAAAAUCACUAGCAACUGAUGAACAAAAUCCAAGAGCAGAGACGCCAAUAAACAUUGAAGUGUCUGAGAGAAGAGACCAAUCUCAGAGGUAUGAAGGAUGUGUGAGAGGUGAAAUAGAAUCAGAUGGUCCAAUUUGUGAAGAUAACGAGAUUUGUCAAAAAGUUAAAUGCAUUGAAAACUGUUGUAAAAAAAUUUGUGAAAUUCAGAGGGAAAAAGUGUUGAAUGAAUUUCCAACAGACAAUAUCACUACAUCUACUCCAUCUGAGUUUGAUCCAAAUUGCAAUACAAGAUUGACAUCAAAACCUUCUGAAACUAUGUUUAAGAACUCCACAAAGAAAGCAUCAUUUGAUCUGCCCAAUGAUUUAAGCGGAUGUGACACAGAAACAUCAGGGUGUGAAAGUUCUCACAAUAAAAAUAUUACGUUGAACAUUGCUCCACAUAGAUGGCAAAGAGCAGAGGACACUGACAGUUCCGACAUUGAUCAUGUGACUAGUAGCCAUGGUGAAGACUGUCAGUGUAGAAAGUGUUUAUUGAGUGGGAGAUUUACAAGAUGUCCCUUCCUAAGACAGCAAAUGAACUCGCGAGGUAACAUACGAAGGAAACCGAGACAUCAUACUUUGUCGGAAAGUUCAGUGGCCUGUUACGAUUUGUUGCCAAGAUAUCAAGCUAGUGGCCACAUGCAUCUGAGCAGAACAUUUCCAUCAAUGAGAGAUAGAUUUCCUGAACCAAAUUCUGAUAUUGAAACUUCAGGUAUAACUAUUCCACUUCUAAGCUAUGUGGCAAAGUGUCUGGGUAAAAAGUGGAGACAGCUUCUGCGUUCACUCAAAGUUGGUGAAACAGAAAUGGACGAGAUUGAGCACCGUUACAAAGAUCAUGGUUUAGUGGAGGUUGGAAUUGAAGCUCUAAUCACAUGGAAACGAGGUAUGGGGUCCGACGCUUCGAAAGACCGUCUUCUGAAAGCUCUGGCUGAUAUAGGGUUGAAGUCUGUGGCAGAAAAUUGUGAAAAUGUUGGGUAUCAAACCGCAUAGCGUAUAUCAAAAGAAAUUGAGAUUAUUUGUAUAUUAUAUAUACAUAUAUUUAUAUAAACAUAAAAAUAAGAGAAAAAAUAAGGGAAUGAUUUGUGAAAAAUAACUGUAUUUUAUUUUUCCAAAUUAUUCACCUGAAAAAAUAAAAACACUGAUAAGCAAAUGCAGAUGUAAUUGUAAAAUUCACAGUUAAAAAUCUGGUUAU